AUGUCGCUAACCAGCGGGAAAUUCACGUUCUCCCUGUUCAGCUGCACGUUCUGGAAAAUGAGCACGUUGUCGCUGUGGUUUUGCUCAUUUUUGGUGCCGAGCGUAGUAGCCUUUAACCGCUACCUGCUCAUCGUCCGCGACCGGCACGUGACCAUCGGGUUCUCCUUCAAAGUCCUCAUGCUCGUCUACUUUCCCAUGUUGAUCGUCGACAUCCUCCACUUUUUUAUUGGUAUCCCCAGCCCGAACGACACGUGCGCCAAGCUUUUAUAUGUUAAUUUGUCGCCGGUGCCAGAGCUCUACACUCUCUAUGUAUUUGCCAUCAGCUUCACGGGGGUGCUAUCCGGGAAGCUGACACUGAUGCAUCUCAGGAAGCAGAUCAAGGCGCACGGCACUAUCGUCAACGAUCGUCAACUAGCCAACGUCAUCUACCGCCAAACGUGGAUCCCCUUUCUCGCCACCACUUUUUUCGUCUUCUCCAAUUUGGGCAUGAUCACAGAAAUGUACGCGGUGCCGGUGUGGUUCUCACGGCCUGCGAAUAUUUAUGCCGUCAUUGGGACGACGCUUUUUAUCCCGUUGAUUACGUUGGUGAUGGCGAGCAAAGUACGAGCCAUCGCCUUGGAGACGUUCGGAUGUGGCCAGUGCCUUAAAUACCGCAUAACGCUCUCCAAGGAUCCGUCCAGCCGAGGCCCUACGCAAACGGCCGUUAGUAUUGUUACGGUAUCA